AAACAGCGCACACCCAACACACAAGGGCCAUGACGUGGUCUGUGUUGUUCGAGGCAGUGAUCCUAGCCUCGAGGAAAGACGAAGCGGAUCUCAUUGUGAUCAUGGCCUUAUGACGCUGCUUGCUGUCACAUUCACUCUUCUGGGCUUUGUUGUUUUCGCCGAUGCGUUCGUUCCGCACUCUUCGUCUUUGGUGCUGCGCUUCCACAGCAAACGGCCGGCCAGCCCGCGGCCACUACUGCAGCAACAGCAGCACCAGCAACAGCAGCAGCAGCGGCAGCACUCAGCCGAAGAUGCUGCCCGGCUGUGGGAGUUUGACGACCGGGCGAGCGAGAAAGCGGAGGAGUGGACGCGGGAUGAGGUGAAGGAGGCGUCGAUCCUGGUCGAUGAGAUACAGCACAAGCAGGGAGAGGCCGACGGGCAAGGGCAAGGUGUGGCUGAUGGCGGUGAGGUCGAGGAUGCGGACGCUUCAGUGGGCUACAUACGUGACCUCGAUGAGAUCCUCAUGGAGCGCGCCAUUCGGUACUAUGACCCGCGGGAGAGCCACAUCAAGCGGAGGGAGAAAUGCUUCCUUGUCGGGCUGGAGGUAUGUAUGGACACACACCAUACCUACCCACGACACACCUAGAGCUCGGAACACGGCCAUGGCACUAGUGUGUCCUCUCUAUCUCCCCUCUCGCACAUCCAUCCGCAGAUGAAGAGGCAGCCCGGCUCCCGCAGCAGCGACGGAUCAUCGCAGGAGGACGAGUUUACGCUCGAGGAGUCGCUGGGCGAGCUGAGUGAGCUGGCCGGCACGGCCGGGCUGGAGGUGGUCGGCUCCACUUACCAACGCGUCGCAAAGCCUAACGCAAAGACAUUCAUUGGGCCGGGCAAGGUGAGAGAGAUGCCUACGUGUUUGUGCGGAUUGGCGGCAUGGCAUAUGUGUCCUUCCCCUCUCUCUGUUGGUAUGUGUGUCAGGUGAAUGAGAUUCGGCGGUCGAUGCAGGCGUUGGGCUGCAAGACCGCCAUCAUCGAUGCAGAGCUGACGCCUGCACAGCAGAAGGUCCAAACACACACCCACACAACACAACCACACUGAGGUCUAUACACACAUGUCUGUCUGCCUGCUCCACAGAACCUGGAAGAGGCCUUUGGCGGCAUCCCGGGCGGCAUCAAGGUUCUCGACCGUACAGCACUGAUCCUGGACAUCUUCGCGCAGCACGCCCGAACCCGAGAAGGCAAGCUGCAGGUGGAGCUGGCCUUGGCGCAAUACAGGCUGCCUCGCCUGACUCGGCUAUGGACGCAUUUGGAGCGUCAGGUGGGCGGCAAGGGGGGUGAGGGCAGCGUGGGGCUGCGGGGGCCUGGCGAGAGUCAGAUUGAGACGGAUCGACGGCUGCUGUAUGACCAAAUCCUCACUCUGCAGAAGCGGCUCGACAAGGUGGGUGGGAUGAUGGGCAUGUGUGUGCAUGAGGCAAGCAAGACAUUUGUGUGUGUGUGUUCGGGUGGGUGUGUUGUGCUGUUGAUCGAUGUAGGUGAAGCAGCACCGGGAGAUGCAUCGCAAGCGUCGGAAGAAGCUGGGCAUGCCCGUCAUUGCCCUCGUGGGCUACACCAACACGGGCAAAUCCACCAUACUCAACGCUCUCACUCGCGCGGGAGUCCUCGCCGGUGUGGUGUGGCACGCGCACAACAUAUGGUGCACAGACCCAGCUCACAUGCUCCAUGUCGUGUUGUUUGUGUGUUAUUAGAGCCGAUGCUGUUCGCCACACUUGACCCGACCACACGCAAGAUUCGAUUGCCGGGGAGCAGCAUACACCCAGAGGUGCUCGUGACAGACACCGUCGGCUUCAUACAGGUGCCUUCCAACCACACACACCACACACACAUGUCGCCUGAGUGCGUGUCAUUCCAACGGUUCAGAAGCUGCCCACGACCUUGGUGGCAUCGUUCCGCGCGACGCUCGAGGAGGUGCGUGAGGCGGAUGUGAUAGUGCACAUGGUGGACAAGAGCAACCCCCUCAACGACAAGCAGCAGCGGGCCGUCCUGGGGGUGCUGCACGAGCUAGAGUGUGACGACAAGCCCAUCGUCACCGUGUGGAACAAAAUCGACCUGCUGGACGACCCAGGUCUGUUGGUGCUCGUGAGAGAGUGUUGUCUGUACUCGUGCAUUGACUGACGUUUGUGUGAUUGUGUGUGUAUCAGGUCAAGUGCAGAUCGACGCUGCGCUUGCAGGUUGCGUGGCGGUGUCAGCCAAGACGGCCAUGGGCAUGGAGGAUGUCACUGCCGCACUGGGGGAUGCACUCGAGAAGCUCCUGCAACCGAUAGAGGUGCUCACGCAAACAUAUUCAGUGAAGAUCCAUCCAUCCAUGUGGAUGUGUGUGUCGGUAUGUUCUGUGUGUCACAGGUUGACAUUCCCUACGCUGAGGGCCAGCUGGUGUCAAAGGUGUUCGAACUGGGCACAGGUAUGCAACGACACACACACACACACACAUGCAGCUACCUCCACACCACACACACACCGACCGUCGCGUCGUCUUGCUUGUGCCCUCUUGCUGCACCUCAGUUGAUUUUGUCGAGUACCGAGAGGGCUCGACCUACCUGUCGGCCAAGGUGCCGGUGGACCUGCUGGGCAGGCUGGAGCCCUACCUGGUCCAAGAGGACGACACGCAACAGCAGCAGGAGGAUGGUGCUGGCGAGCCCACCAAACCUGAGAGUCGGGAGAGAGAGGUGGACUGGAAUGCCAUCGCCAAGAGAAGGUGGGCCAGGCGGACGGGAAACGGCAUGAUGAUGCACAUGUACACAUUAUUCCGCAAUCCAUGUGGGCGUGCAACAGACACAGGGUCCGCGAUCGCACCCACGAGCUCAUCUGGGGGGAAAACUCACAACACCAGGAGCAGCAGCAGGAGGAGCAGCCAACACCCAAGACCCCCGUCGCAGCCCCAGCAGCUGUCCAAGCCUCUUCAAACAGCCGCCCACAUGUGAAGCCGCACGUGCCACCAUCACCGUCCCCAGCAGCAUUACAACCGCCAGCAGUGACCAUGUCGACCACCCCCAUGCAGCCUCAGCUGCUGCACGGUGGUCACCUGUCCCUGUCCCCCCCGGCCGAGGCCGAGGACCUCCAUUACCACCAGCUCAAGGAGCAGAUGGAGCACGACGCGCUGCAGCUGUGGCUGGAAAUGACACACACGGGGUCAUGAACCACACAUGGACACUUGACAUGACAGACAGGGAGGGGGGAGGAGGGCGGGUGGUGUUGGCUGAUUUUCGCUCACUGCCUUGGUGGGCAGUAGACAGAUAGACAGGUAUGGUUUUUUCUUGCCUGUCAGUCAGUCAGUCGAGUCGGUUGUAUCGUGACAGUUUGUGUUUUGGGGUGUCGGCGGCCGUCUGCGUGGAUGAAGUUGUGACAAUAUCGAGGCGCAGAGUUUUUGGCGUGUGAGCGAGCUGACGUGAUGCGAUUGAUGCAUAUGUGUUUAAG